CCCGAAUGUUUUUCUUUUUGUAACCCGACCUGUUGAACAGGUCUACAUACUAUUAUAAAAAUACACCUCCAAUAGAUCUGGAAAACCCAUCUCAAAUUCCAACUUCCUCCCAACAAAUGGCUUCCUCCAAUAGAACCUUUUCCCUUACCUUCCUUGUAAUGUUGUCUGCUCUCUCAUUUCAUUUCUCCAAUGCCCACUUCGUGCUUCCUGUUGUCAAGGACAACACUAAUUCCAAAUACUCGUAUUACACUAGCCUCCUCGUAGGAAACCAUCAUCCAAGUCGUGUAAAUUUAGUCAUUGAUCUUUCUAACAAGUGGUCAUGGUUCACUUGUGACUUCUUUGGCUACAAUACCACCUCCCAUGGAGUACCCUGCCACACCCCCAAGUGCGACCGCUACGCACCAUUGGCACCCUGUAGUGACGGCAUUUGCGUUGUUGAUGCCUACACCCCUAGUAGUAACUUCAUAUACUCCAAUAACCUUUUAGAGGACACAACGAAGGUAUACAAACAAAUCCAACAAAACUCACUAACUCAACUCUCUAAUGUUAACUUACCUAAUUUCCCAUUUACUUGUGGAGAUAAUGUCCCUUUAAAGGGCUUAUCACCUCAUACUAAAGGGGUUGUUACCCUUGCUAGGGUACAUGUUUCAUUACAUUCUCAAAUCUCUUCAACUUUCAAAGUUGCUCGUAAGUUUGCUCUUUGUCUUCCUAGCUCCAGCCCCACUUCUUCUGGCUAUAAUGGGGCAAUCUACUUUGGGGGUAGCCCUAAUUAUUUGUCUAAAUCACUAAUUACCACCCCACUUGUAAUUAACCCUAACAGUACUUCACCAAUUUACUCACCAGGGGAUUCUUCAGUAGAGUACUUCAUUAAGGUAAAAUCUAUCGAAAUCGAUGAAACCCCGAUUCGGUUCAGAUCCUCGUUGUUGUCGUUCGACAUAAAAGAAGCUGUUGGGGGGACAAAGAUUAGCACAAUGGACCCUUACACUGUACUACAUAGUGAAAUAUACAAGACUCUUAUCAAUGUUUUUAUAACAAAAGCAACUGUUAUGAAGAUGAUUAGGGUUGCUUCAGUGGCUCCUUUCGGGGCGUGUUUUAGCUCGAAAAGUGUGGUUAAUGAUGCUAAAACUGGUCCGAAAGUGCCAAUUAUUGACAUUAUAAUGGAUGGUAAGAGUCCCUUGUUUGCAAGGUGGAGGAUUUAUGGGGCGAAUUCGAUGGUGAAGGUUUCGGAUACUGUAAUGUGUUUAGGGUUUGUGGAUGGAGGUUUAAAACCAACUACUUCAAUAGUGAUAGGUGGGAAGCAAAUGGAGGAUAAUUUGGUGGAAAUUGAUCUUGAGACUUCUAAGCUUGGAGUUACUUCGUCUCUUCUUCAUUUGGGUACAAGCUGCUCCAAAUUCAAAGGAAUUUAAAUCAACUUAAUUAAGCGUCGUUUAGUUCACCUUUCUUCUGAUCUGAUUUGAUAUGAUCUGCUCUUACGUUUAACUUCGGAAAAUUUACUUAUGUUAUGUUAGUUGUUUGUUGUUUAUGUGUAAGACAGUAGUGUUAGAUUAGUGUGAACUUUGUUCUUUGUAGGUCGCACUAACUGAAGGAAAAAAAGGGUCCAGUUGCCACUUGCUUGCACUGUGGCUUGUUUAGUUGUUA